ACUGUACGCAAAUGAAGGCUUCUCAGUCAGCAUCGUUGAGAACAUGAGUUCUUUAAGUUGUCAUUCUAAGAGACAUCUUUGAAACGAGCUCUUUAUGUUGUCUAUUUGUAGAGAUGUCUAAUAAGAGAACUCGCAAUGUUAUCCUUAGAAAGAAAUAUAAAAGAUGUCAUGGAAACGAGAUCAUAAUGUGUUCUCAGUAUAGUCGAUAACCUCGGUCAUUCCGAAGGGGACAGUCGUCAGGUGCACAACGAUUGUCCCGAGUUUCUUUUUUCAAUUUGUUAUUUAACUUGUUAUUUCGUAUUUCAUUCACUUUUGCAAUUGGCCGUAUCGAACCUGAAAGGGAUCGGGUGCCAUUAAACACUACGAAGAAGAAGAAGAAGAUAACCUCGGUAUAUUAGCUAGAUUUGAUAACCUGCAAAACUGUUAUUGUUAUUGUCAGAAUGUCUUUCCGCAAAGAUUUUAAAAGCCUGUCAGCAAGUCAAAAAAACAGAAGACUCCGUAAAGUUUGUGAGUUGCAUAAUUGCAUGCAACUCAAAGUGAAAAUAUUGAAGUUGCUCAAAGUGAAGUUGCUCAAAGUGAAAAUAUUAAAAAUAACCUAUGUGCAAGCACAUCCACAAACACAAAUCAGAAUCGGCAAGAAAAAUAUAAUGUGUGUUCCAAUGUUAUUGAUUCUGAUAUGGAAUCAUCAGAGUCGGAUAGUGAUAAUGGAGAAAAUUGUGAUGAACAGUCAUCGCUAUAAAGGAUACAAAUAUUUCAUCACAUGCUAUUCAGACUGUGAUAAAAAGUUGGUUGCAACACGCUGAUGACAGAAUAAAUCAAGCUGCAAAACGGCAUGAGAAAGAAAAAUAACAUGUUCUAAAACUUAUUAUGAACGUUUAAAAAAUAUUUUCAUAGUUCUCUAUUGCAGUAAAUACUAUAAUAUGUUUGUAAUGUAAAUUGCAAAAGUUUUCGUUUCAGAAAAAGCAAAAGGUUUCAUUUUUCUCAUAUUACAAUAUACUCAAUUGUUUUUCGUAUAGAGAACUAAACCUUUAUAUUCAGACUGUGAGAACAUAGUGCAAAAAAGAAACCAAAUAACUUUUUGAUUCUAAACUGUUUUUAUAUUUUAAUGUUAUUGCGCUAUAUAUGAUACAUUCUUUUUAUACACAAUGUUAAUACGUACAUUAGAAACAUAGGUUUCUUUCAGAUAUAUUGCAUAAGUGUUUUUUAUUUUUAAGAAAAAAUAAAUAAUUAUACGUUAUA